CCUCUGGCAGAGAGGGCAGGUAUCAGUGCCGAGGCUCCUGACUGACUGACACUCCCGGCUAGACUCACACAUCAGCGCGCGGCGGCACGAGGCAGGAGGACACGCGGCCGAGGAUCACCCGGAGCCUCUGAGCAUUAUCACCCCGACAGCGGAGCCCACCCCGGCCACAGGUGAGAGGAAACUUCGGCCCCUUCCCGGUGCGGAGUGUCCGGAUUUGCGCUUUUACGCACAGCGGAGAGUCACCAUGGGGGGAGUGGGAGUGUGAGCUCCCCGAGUCCGCGGACCUGGACUGACUGGACGGCGGGUCGUUGAAGAGUUGAGCGCUCGGUCUGCAGCGGUGCUCACGAUGUUCCAGCACGGCGGAAACAAGAAGUGCUUCACCAUCGAGUCUCUGGUCGGGAAGGACGGAAGCAGCCACGGCGGCGGCUCCGGGGAGGAGCCCAUCCGGCCCACGGCGCUGCGCUUCCCGGACUCCCUGCACCCGGCCACUGCCGCCGGAGUGUUCGGCUCCUGCUUCCAGGGGAGCAACGGCAGGACUUUGUUCCCGGACAUGGUGCUGCAGGAGCCCGGCACACACGCACAGGGCCCCGGCGGGCUGCCGCUGCACCCGCUGCAGAUCCCCCCACAGAGCUUCUUCAGCCCGCAGCACCGGGACGUGAAGGUGUGGUUUCAGAACCGCAGGACAAAGCACAAGCGUCAGAAGUUGGAGGAAGAGUCUCCUGAAGCUCAGCAGAAGAGGAAGGGCAGCCAGCACGUGAGCCGCUGGAGAGCUGCGACGCAGCAGGCCAGCGGCGAGGACGUGGACGUCAUCAGCGAGGACUAG